AUGCUGGGAGUAGCUCUAGCUCCGCCUGGCGGUGUGGCUCGAACGCGUCUCCCCUGUUCACUCACAGUCUGCCCUGGGCGAGGCGAGAGCUGCAGACAGCGAUCAAUAGCAGCUGGAGGAGGCGCAGCCCGACAGCAGCCUAUAGUCAGUCGCAGCACACUCGCACAGCGCUGCUAUUGUAUGGGCACGGGAGCAAAUCACGUCCCCGCAAGACUCGAGCAGACGCAGCUUGGAGAGAGUGAAAAAAGUGCUUACUUUUUAUUUUAUUUUUUGAACUCCAGACUAUAAUACUCUUAGCAAGAUGAUGUCGGGAUAUCAGGGUAAAAAGAAUAUUCCGCGGAUAACGAGUGAUCGACUGUUAAUCAAAGGAGGCCGGAUUGUCAACGAUGACCAGUCCUUUUAUGCUGACCUCUACAUGGAAGAUGGACUCAUCAAGCAAAUAGGUGACAAUCUGAUUGUCCCUGGAGGAGUGAAGAUCAUCGAGGCUAAUGGCAAGAUGGUUAUCCCUGGGGGAAUUGAUGUGCACACCCACUUUCAGAUGCCGUACAAGGGGACCACCACUGUGGAUGAUUUUGUUCAAGGAACAAAGGCUGCCCUGGCAGGUGGAACCACCAUGAUAAUUGACCAUGUGAUCCCGGACCCCGAGAGCAGCGUCAUCGCCGCGUACGAGAAGUGGCGGGAGUGGGCGGAUAGCAAGUCGUGCUGUGAUUACGCCCUUCACGUGGACAUCACUGACUGGAACGAGGGGGUUAAGGAAGAAAUUCAGACCCUGAUCAAAGAGAAAGGUGUGAAUUCCUUCCUUGUCUACAUGGCUUAUAAAGAUUUAUAUCAAAUGUCAAAUGCUGAGCUCUAUGACAUCUGUAAGUAUGUGGGUGACCUUGGAGCAAUAAUACAAGUCCACGCGGAGAAUGGCGACAUCAUUGCCCAGGAACAAAGGCACUUGCUGGAGAUGGGGAUCAGUGGCCCAGAGGGGCACGUACUUAGUCGACCAGAGGAGCUGGAAGCAGAAGCUGUGUUCCGUGCAAUCACAAUUGCUGGCCAGACCAACUGUCCCCUCUAUGUCACAAAAGUAAUGAGUAAGACUGCAGCAGACAUCAUCGCCCAAGCCAAGAAAAAAGGAAACGUUGUGUUUGGAGAGCCGAUCAGUGCCAGCCUUGGCACAGAUGGCACACACUAUUGGAGCAAAAAUUGGGCCAAGGCUGCAGCUUUUGUGACUUCACCGCCACUCAGCCCCGAUCCCACCACUCCUGAUUACCUGAUCUCCCUCUUAUCAAGCGGUGACUUGCAAAUAGUGGGAAGCGCCCACUGCACGUUCAGCACAGCCCAGAAGGCAAUUGGAAAGGAUGACUUCACCCAGAUUCCCGAGGGUACAAAUGGAGCCGAGGAGCGCAUGUCCAUUAUCUGGGACAAGGCCGUGGCGACUGGUAAAAUGGAUGAGAACAUGUUUGUGGCUGUAACAAGCACCAAUGCUGCCAAAAUCUUCAACCUGUAUCCAAGAAAAGGCAGAGUGGCAGUUGGGUCGGAUAGUGAUCUAGUAAUUUGGGAUCCGGAUGCAGUGAAGACCGUGUCUGCCAAAACCCACCAAUCGGCUGCCGAGUACAACAUCUUUGAAGGGACGGAGUUAUGUGGGGCUCCUGUUGUUGUCAUUAGCCAGGGGAAGAUUGUGCUGGAAGAUGGAAACCUUCACGUCACUCCAGGAAAUGGGCGCUUUGUCCCCUGUAAGCCCUUCUCAGACUAUGUACACAAGCGCAUCAAGGCACGGAAACAGUUGGCACAGGUGCGUGGCGUACCCAGAGGAAUGUACGAUGGUCCAGUGUACGACCUAGGCACCCCUAAAGCAGGAACCCCCUCAGCAUCAGCCAAGACCUCCCCUUCGAAACAGCCCCAACCAGUUCGAAAUCUACACCAGUCUGGCUUCAGCCUUUCCGGAAGAACUUCUGAUGGUUUAACAAAAUCUAAUGCAGGAGCUCAAGUGGAUGACGGCCCUCGUCGCAGUGGUCACCGCAUCGUCGCGCCCCCUGGCGGCCGUUCAAACAUCACCUCACUCAGCUGAAGUCUGCAGCAGGAAAGGAGGGAUAGAGAGACAGAAAGAGAGGAGAGAAAGGGGAGUGGGAGGGGCGGGUGGGGGAAGAAAGAAAUCAUGCCAUAAUGAUGACACAUUGCAAAAAAAAAAUCAAGAAGUUAAUUGUUUGUCCUACAUGAAAAAUAAAUUGUUACUUUGGAUUGAAUAUUGACAGUGCCUCAAGCCUUAUUGAUGAGAAAGCUACUUUGCCAUUGCUUUAAUAAUGUCUUGUUUUCAUUUAUUUAGUCUUAGGACGUCAGAGUUUACCCGUUGAUAGUAAGGAUGCAAAGAUUACAGUUAUCCAUUAAUCGAUUUUAACAGCAAACUCAACCCUGCCAUUGCUUCCCACUCUAGCACCUCCAGUAACACCUGUUUUACCCUAUGUCCAUUCCAAUCUUCUUGCUUACAGAGGUCCCUACUGAUGAUGACCUACAGUGGGCUGGUCAGUUCUGCUUUGUCCUGUUGUCUUGUCAUAUAUGACUGCCUAUCACAAAAUAAAUUUUCAACUUCAUUUUACAUCUGUAAUCAAAUGCCCUUGAGAAUAGGCUUCAGAUCAGGUCUGAUAUCAAACUCAUGUUUUGCAUGUAAUCUUAUUUUUGAGUCUUUUGCUUAAUUUGGGGAAAAAUAGCAUUUUUACAUUCAGCACCUUCCUUCAGAUGGCUCCUAAUUCAUUGGAAAUGUUUUGAUUCUUUAUUGUCGAAACCUAGAAAGUUUGUUGUUCUCUGCUUUGAUUGCAAGUAUUAACUUUGUCAAGGAAAUCUUACUUUCCUUGUUUCCAGGCCAAUAGCCUUUGGUGGAAACUGCAGAGGAAUGCAACCUCUGCUAAAGCCAUUCUGUCAGUGUUGGCUUCUUUUGAGAGAGAGAGAGAGAGUGCUUGCUGAAUGUUUCUGAAGGCAGUUGUCCACCUUCCAACAUGGCUGCUACUUUUCCUGGAAUUAGUAAAAUUUAAUUGGAAUUAGUGAAAUUAUGGCAGUGUAGUGCUCCAGGCUGACAUCCCAAUUCCACUGUGAGCGCCCUCUUAGCAAGUCAAUGAUGUCAACCUCCACCAUGUCCAGUAAAUCGGACAAGAGACAAGUCAUUCACCCUGAAAUGCCAGUGUUUAACCUCUUCAAUAGUGUGAUUCAUCCUUUCUAACAUUCCCUUUACAGUUGAUUAAAACUGGCAGUCUUCACAUUUGUCCAGAGGGAGAAAAGAGGAAAAGCAAAAAAAAAGAUGCAUCACUUAGGCUCUCCAUAGAAUUCAGUAGAAGUCAAACGAUUUUGUGAAUUAAUGUUUUGCAGGUGAAAAGGUUGAUUCAAAACUUGUUUCUGCUAAUGGAGGUUUACAUUAACAUCUGUCCAAGUUGAUUCAAUUUAGUCAACUUGUAAACACUGUAGAUCAGAAAUCCCGAAGUCGUUGAGCUGAAAUAUCUCCCUCAGCUGGUGAAGAUUUAAUGUACUAAUGACCUGAGUGUCCUUAAACCAGGGGACUAAUCCAGCAUUCAGUAACCACACAUGGUUGUACACUGGCAUCAAUGGCAGCAAUUAGGAUUAGGAUUGGAAUUGACUGUGAGGCCUUCUCCAGUUGAGUGACCUUCCCUACAAUCAGGUGGGUAGAGUGGCCAGGUGUAUGUUCCAUUCACUGCGGGCAGGGACAGAAUUAUGAAAAGAAGCUCGAUUGUUACUGAUCUCUGAACUUUCCAAUUUGCCAAAAUCAAAUUUGUAAUUUUUCCCCCCUGUAACUUUAUGUUACAUGUACUGUAAUCAGUGCAUCCUUUUAAGCAACAGUAGCCUUUGAUCGGUAUUCACUUCAAACCUUGUGCAUGCUGCUGAAUCCUCCAGGAGUUGGCUUGUCAAGUCGUACAUUGCGUUAUUUCAAAGACCUAAAGUGCUUUCACACUUUUAUUUUGCUGCUUGCCUGUAUGUGUGUAUUAACGCACACACUCACACACUACCUCUCAACUCCAUGCUACUUAGAACCAUGAGAUAUUACAUCAAUGCAUUAUAUCAUUGUGAACUCUUUAGAAAGGAUUCUGUAUAAAUUUUAAUGAAAAUAUUUUAUCCAGCCAUCAAGCAGUACAGAAGCAGCUUGUUUUUCUUUUUGAACACUCCCAGAUUAUUUCCCUUAAUGUGUUGGUGGAAUGUUAAACUUGAGGGCCCCUGAACAAAUGCUUCCAAUACUUCAUGUUUGUUGGGGUUCAAGCUAUGUUGUCAAACAUUAUAGGCAGCUUCAUUCAUAAGCAUCUGGGAUAAAUUGUGUAAAAAGCAGCAUCCUAUUUCCCCCCCCCCCCCCCCCCCAACCCCCAAUACACAUUAGACAAUGGCACCGUUUUGGUCCCAGAAGACCUUCUUGCCAUGUAAAUGGUGGGUUUGCCAGAGAAAGGUGCCUUGACCCAGGUUAAUUAUCCCUUUCGUAAAAUCCAGCAAAGCACCCAAACUUGCCGCAAGCCACAUCCAGCGUGAAAUUUCGUGCAGGAAAGCCCGGCUAAAAUACAUCCCAGGUCAAAGCUGCCUCCUCCCCAGCACCCUCCGCAUCGUUGAAUGAAGUACCAAAGCAUCUAUCCUCAGUGAGUCCUUCCUCUUAUUUACAAUUGGCCUGUUGAUGUCUUUUCCCUCAUAGAAUUUCAGAAGAUUUAAGUAUUCAGAAUGAAAUUUACUAUUCAACUGAUGGAGACUAAUUACAAAUCUGUUUAGAUACAGGACUGACUUUUUUUUUCAGGAAACAGGUGGAUCAAAAUAGGUUGUAUUUUUAAAUCAGAAUUAUCAAUGGUUGAUAGAUUGCAUUGUAAAUAAUAUAUAAAAAGACAGCACAUCGGGGAUCUAUGUCAUUGCAGAAAGCAUUGAAAUGUAGUUACGCUUUACUCAAACUUUCUUUGCAGGGUGCUAGGGGACAGGGCUGCGAUCAAAUUAACAGGACACACAAAAUAUACUUCAUUUAGCUUUAAGACUUUAAAAUGGCUGCCUAUUCCCACCAUUUUAUUUCAUUUUGAGGCUCAUUAAUUGAAGGAGGCAAUCUCAUCAUCAGAUAUUUACACGUUACGACUUUUAAAUAUCUAAUGCUCUGCUUUUUUUUCCCUAUUGGUAAGGAGUGCUUUAUUUCACACACUGUGCAGACAGACAGCAAAGUGAUAUGGAGGCUGUUUUGAGUCUGUGUUCCAGGAUGUACUGGGUGUGUUGCUCGUAUUAGUAGGUGCAGAUUUUUUUAAUCUAAAAACGGAAAGUUAGAUUCUGUAGUUAAUGAGGUUUGAACAGCUCAUGAUUUUUAAUUGCCAUUUUCUUCCAAAAUCAUGUUUUAAAAAGGUGUAAGGACAACAUUACCAAGGUGAUUGAUGUUUAGAAAUUGUUUCUUGUAUUUAAUUAUGUUUGUAUCUACAGUACAUGUCUUGGACUAAUAAAUUUAUGCAAAUAUGGCUUCCCAAGGA